AUGUCAUCAGCACCUUCAGUAAAACAGUUUAAAGCAGUAGGAGAGGAAGUUUGGAAAAAUAAAGUGGAUAAAAUUAACGCUGAACUAUUCACGCUAACUUAUGGCUCCAUGGUUGUUCAACUCGUAAAAGACUUUGAAGACUAUGGUGAAGUAAAUAAACAACUAGAGAAAAUGGGAUAUAAUAUCGGACAGCGUAUGAUUGAGGACUUUUUAGCAAGAUCGGGCAUUGGUCGUUGUGCAGAUUUCAGGGAAACAGCAGAAGCCGUAUCGAAGAUUGGGUUCAAAAUGUUUUUAAAUAUUACGCCUACCGUUACCGACUGGUCAAGCGAUAAUAAAGAAUUCUCAUUAGUAUUUGAUGAGAAUCCACUUGUUGAUUUUGUCGAAUUGCCCGAUGAUGCUCUGGAAGGUGGUUUAUGGUAUUCUAAUAUCUAUUGUGGUGUUCUACGCGGAGCACUUGAAAUGGUACAAAUGCAGGUGGAGACACACUUUGUGAGUGAUACACUUCGUGGAGACGACUCGACUGAAAUGCGAGUUAAAAUGGUUCGCUAUUUGGAGGAAGAAGUACCUGCCGGAGAAGAUUAG